CUUCACACACACAGCCAAAGGACUAGCAGACAGCACUCUUCCCCGGAUUAUUUUACUCAAACAGGGGGUGGAGGACAGGAAAGAGCAGAAAGGAAAAGAAGAAGGGAAGCGAGUAGAGGAGAAGAGUUUCACUCUUUCCCUGUGAUGUUGGAGGAGGAAGGGGGGAUUUUUACCUGAUGGUAGUCCAGGACUGAUACAUUAGUGGGGCUGUAUGGACACCUAUUUCUAGCUCUGGGGGGGGCAUCUGAUCCCAGGAUGGGGAGAGCGGAGAGCGAGCGCUGAGGAGAGGACAGGUUCUGGAGGAGGGAUCAGAGAAAUCCAACCAGCUCUCUCAACUGUUGCUGCAGGAAAUUAUGGGAUAACGGGAUUUUUUUGUGGAUACUUGGUGACCACUUGGGUGUACCCACCAUGAAUCUGGUUGGCCCAGCUUAGCUCUGUUGGUACAGGCAGAUGUACUGCUCUGUUUGGGGAAAAAGUCAAAGGACAUAGGUGUAAUCCGACACAAGGGACUGGGUUUGUCUGGGCCUGGGCCCGUUUUGAUUAGAUCGUGUCCCCAGGAUGUUGAGUCUGGAUGGGCUGGAGAUGAUAGCUGUCCUGGUGGUGAUGGGACUGUUCGUCAAAGUCCUGGAGCAGUUUGGACUCUUCGAAGUUGUAGGAGAGGAAGACAGCGUAGAAGACGACUUUGAGUUGUCCACUGUGUGCCAUCGACCAGAAGGUCUGGACAAACUACAGGAGCAGACCAAAUUCACCAAGAAGGAACUACAAGUUCUCUACAGGGGCUUCAAGAAUGAGUGUCCAAGUGGAGUGGUGAAUGAGGAUACCUUUAAAACCAUCUACUCUAAAUUCUUCCCCCAGGGUGAUUCGGGUGCGUAUGCACAUUUCUUGUUUGAGGCCUUUGACACUAACAAGAAUGGAUCAGUUAGUUUCGAGGACUUUGUGAUUGGUCUGUCUAUCAUUCUGAGAGGAACGAUAAAUGACCGGCUGAACUGGGCCUUCAACCUGUACGACCUGAACAAAGAUGGCUGCAUCACCAAAGAGGAGAUGAUGGAUAUAAUGAAGUCUAUCUAUGAUAUGAUGGGGAAGUACACAUAUCCCUGUAUGCAGGACGAGGCGCCCAGAGAACAUGUGGAGAGCUUCUUCCAGAAAAUGGAUCGUAAUAAUGAUGGGGUGGUCACUAUUGAUGAGUUCAUCGAGUCAUGCCAAAAGGAUGAGAACAUCAUGCAGUCCAUGCAGCUGUUUGACAACGUCAUCUAGAAGCCUCUGACAUAGAAAAGGGGCUGAAGAACAGGGGAGGUGUGUUUGUGCGCGUGCAUGUGUGUGUUGUGGGGGGACUCUGAAAGGGGCUUGGACAUUGACCCUCAGCCCCCCACCCCAAAUCCUGACACCUCCUUCUAACUCCUUUCUCUCCGCACCCACUGCAAGCCAAAAGAAGGCCCCUCUUAUCCAACCUUUCAUCUCUUCCAGAGACACAGAGAAGAGAAGGGCUGGCUCAUAGACUCUGACCCACACCCACACCAAGGACCUGUUCAGGAAUGUGCAACUUUACAGAAUGUUCAGAUAGAAAUGCGUUGUGCAGAACAGAUAUGAUUGCCAGUCGUUUGUAAUGAGGAGUCAAUCGUGUCAGCUCUUUGUCAAUCUGCAACGUUCGAGGUGAUUUUCCUCAUUGAAUACACUUGUUUCAUUAACCAUUUCAUUAUUUAACACUCCUGUUUCUGAGAAAGCUGCUGUAGCCUGCUGGCUGGACUCAACCUUACGAUUAAAUCCCCCUACUCACUGAUCUAAGGUCAGUUUUGCAUAGCCCCACCUAAUGGUUAAGGUUAAGGUCAGGAGUGGUUCAGCGGAUCCUAGAUCUGUGGAUGCCAACUUCUACCAGAGCAGGUUGACUCCUGACACUUCUGACAUUAAUACAGAGGUAACUAGUACCACUUAGUGGACAAAAGGAGGAAAGGACACCUGGAAAAGGGACAACAGAACAGAAGGGACUGAGGAUCUGAAGGAUGAGACUCACUCUUCACGAACAGAAGAGACAUAGUUGUUUUCAAUAAGGGACUGAUUUUAAUAUCGCAUGAUGAUGUCUUUAAUAAUAACCUAUAUAUAUAUUUACAGAAAUACUACAGCCUGUCUGUUGUCUGUCUGCUGGUCCUAGAGUCACCCACAGGUGCCUCACUCCGUGUAUGUGUGUACGUAUUUGCGUGCGUGUGAGAGGCUGUACUGGCAUUCCCGUCUCCGUUAGGAACCCAUUCAGAUUUCAACCCCAUACGAGACCUCCUUUGUACUAACACUAACUUACCCUCUGGCCUUUGUACCUGUUACCUUAGCUAUAGGUGUAUGCUGACUGUUGUACCUCUUCCAAUAACCCUGUGGUCAAGAACUACUAAACAGUCUGUGGCGCUAUAUUGAUGAACAUGCUGGUUGGACCAUCUAGGCUCCCGAAGAUCCCUUUCUGUAUUUACAGGUGACUAACUGAUGCAGUGAAUUGUGGGAAUUGAAGUUCAAAACUGUAACACUGAUUAUUUUGCAUUAUACUUAUCAUACAGUUGAAACUGAAAGCAUUUCUGUUUAGAUCGACCAUGAAAGACCAGCAACAUGUCAAGAACAAUUUAAUCUCCUUCAGAAUCUAAAUUAAGCCUCUUGUUACAUGUCUACGUGUGUGCGUGGGUAGGUGGGCAUGAAGACAGCAGUAAUGUUUCCUGCUUCCCCCCCCCCACUGACACCAAAGAGUCAGGCACACCAACUAAAGUAUUUAAAGCCACCCUCAGUUAUAUCAGGGUAUAAAUAAACACAUUUGUGAAAUGUGAGAGAGAGGGAAGAGAGGAGAAGGAGCGGAAAGGAGAGUAGGAGUGUUUUUGUGUGUACAUUGUGAGAGAGUGAAGAUUUGUCGAUUGAAUAGUACAGUUUCCCGAUUCUUUGCAAACUUGAUGCCGUUUCCUACUGGGUGUUUAAAAAAAGGCUGUUUGAAAUGGGGUGGAACGCCUACCUCGUGGUUCUGAAUAGAAUGCUGAUCUUUUGUAAGAUAACACUACCUGUAUCCAUCAACUACUUCCUGUGUCUUUCAUUAAAUUACAUUAAUUACUUCACUUUCAACCCCCCCAAAAAUUAUAAUAUGCCAUCAGGUGGGUCAAUAAAAAGACAACAGUGGCAUAAGCAAUAAUGUCCAUAUUUUACCCCCUUUUACCUACUCCUGGGAGUAGGUAAAAGUUGCCCCUAACCCACUGGUCCAGACUCCAAUUUUCCUAGUCACAUACUGAUUAUGGUUAGGAUUGAGAAGGAUAACUGACCCUAGAACUCUGGUUAAGGCCAACUUCCACCAAGAGUGUAUUAUUAAUCGGUUAACACCCUUGUUGUAAUAACCUGCACUUUCUUCCAACACCAAUACAGUAUUUGUAACUUCUUAUUUCUUUACAUUUCCAUUUUAUCCAAUUGAACAUUUUCACAUCUCUUUUUGGGGGAGGCAGGGGAGUGGUCUGGCUCUGAUUGCCCCCUUGCAGGUGCCGUAGGGGAUUUCCUGAACUGACCACCAGUGAAACCUGUCUAUACUCGCAUGUACUGUCAUAAAGCAAGGAUACCUACUAACCCAUUGUUACUGACCGUGUCUAGUAAGUUGGCUAGCCUCAACUGUUGCAUUGCAUAUUUAAGAUGUGUAUAUUUUGUACAGAGAAUAAAAAUCACAAUGCUAUG